AAUAUUUUGUCUGAUUAUGACUUCAUUGAUGAAGCGAUCCUAAUUCGGAAUAAAUUAUCAAAAAGAUUUUACUACAGUCUUUUUUUCAAUUAUUCAUAUCUGCCCUUAACGGGGGCCUCCGAUGCCUACAAAAUAAUAAAUCAGGCAAAGAAGAAGAAGAGAGACCCUGUUCGGCUAAAUUCCAAGAUUGCAGUAUUGGACGCAUAUCAAGAUCUGAUUUUUUUUUUGUGAGAUGAGGGAUGGUAACUUUGUUCAUUAACUUUCUGAAUGGUUGCCUGUGGAAGCCGCCAGUAAAGAGGAUAUUGGGCGCAGGCUCUGAUGGCUUCGGUCGGCAGGAUGGGCUCCUUUGGUACAAGGAUUUUGGCAAGCAUGUUAAUGGGGAGUUUUCCAUGGCUGUGCUCCAGGCUAAUAGGUUGCUUGAGGACGAGAGCCAGGUUGAAUCCGGUUCGCUGAGCUUGAUGGAUUCUGGUCCUUUUGGUUCUUUUGUUGGCGUUUAUGAUGGCCAUGGAGGACCAGAGGCGGCUCAAUACAUCACUAACCAUCUGUUUGGGCAUAUCAAGAGAUUGUUGACUGAGCAACAAUCGAUGUCCGCGGAUGUAAUAAGAAAAGCAAUUCGUGCCACAGAAGAUGGCUUUUUUUCAAUAGUCUCUCAACAAUGGCCACUAAAUCCUCAUAUUGCUGCAACUGGCGCGUGUUGUCUUGUUGGCAUAGUUUGCGACGGAACAAUUUAUAUUUCUUGCCUCGGAGAUUCAAGAGCUGUGCUUGGGAGGCUUGUGAGAGUGACUGGUGAGGUUUUGGCUAUUCAAUUAUCUGCUGAGCACAAUGCAUCAAUUGAAUCGAUUAGAAAGGAGUUGCAAUCGUCGCAUCCGGAUGACCCACAAAUUGUUUUAUUGAAACACAAUGUUUGGCGUGUUAAGGGUCUCAUACAGAUUUCCAGAUCAAUUGGUGACGCUUUCCUAAAAAAGGCAGAAUUUAAUAGAGAGCCACUGGAUGUAAAAUUUCGGUUGCGAGAAACUUUCAAAGAACCCAUACUUAGUUCAGAGCCAUCAAUAUCUGUACAGAAAGUGCAUCCUGAUGACCAAUUUAUUAUUUUUGCAUCUGACGGGCUUUGGGAGCAAAUUAGCAACCAGGAUGCUGUCAACAUUGUUCAGAAUAAUAAUCGUAAAGGAAUUGCUAGGAGGCUUGUCAAGGCUGCUAUUCAAGCUGCAAAGAAGAGGGAGAUGAGAUACUCUGAUCUCAUGAAAAUUGGCAGUGAGGUCCGUCGUUACUUUCAUGAUGAUAUAACGGUAACCGUUCUGUUCCUCGACUCCAAUCUCGCAAGCAGUGCAAGCUCAAAGAAAUGCUCAGCAGUUUCUUUAAGAGGAGGAAGCAUCCACACAAAUUCUCCGGCGCCAUUAAAGCGGCCCGGUCGCUCCCGUUAAGCAAAUGAUAGUUUUUUUUUUCAUGGAGAAAAGUGUCAAAAUAGUCCUCUGACUCUUUGCAGUAGGUUAUUUUAGUCCCAAAGUUCCUCAGACUCUUCUAAUAUGAGCUGAAAAGUCUCCACAGAGGACUAUUUCAGCUUCAAUUUAAAGAGUAGGGACUAAUUUUUAGGACUUAAAUUGCUCGAAAUAGUCAGGAGACUAUUUUGACACUACUCUUUUUUUAUGUGUAAAUUUGAGCUCAGAGAUGAUGCCUGAAUAUGUUGUACAUUAGUUAGAAACAAAGUGAAGAAUCCUAAUGUUCUGGGUUGCGUUCGAGUGCUAACUAUCAUUAGGGGCAAUUUGUUUCGCCAUAAUUAUGUUGAACGAAUUGAAAUAUUUUCUAUUUAGAAGUGACUUAAAAGUGUUUGUUUGAUUAGAA